AUGGAUAACACUGAUAAAGACGAUGCGUCCUUUCCAGUGCCUACUGUUGCUACCCAGGCAGUACUCGUCAAGUCUACCUCUAUGCCUGAUAACGCUACAACUGUUAUAGGUCCUGAUUUUAACCAAAACCAUUCUUUAAAAGACUUGCUUGAGAGCUACUCUCGAAUCGGUUUCCAGGCAACCAGUGUUGGUCAAGCUAUUAAUGUCAUCAAUCAAAUGCGUAAUUGGCGUUUGUCUGAUGAUCCAAUUUUACCGGAUGAAUCCGACGAUUACAAACUUCCGGCCGUUCGUUCUUCUACAAAAUGCAAGAUUUUCCUCGGCUAUACAUCGAAUCUUGUAUCAUCAGGACUCCGUGAAAUUUUCCGUUUUUUGGUUCAACAUUCCCUCGUGGACGUUGUCGUCACUACUGCUGGUGGUGUGGAAGAAGAUUUUAUAAAAUGCUUGGGCCCUACAUACGUGGGAGAUUUCCAUUUACCAGGCGCCCAAUUAAGAAAACAGGGAAUAAAUCGGAUCGGAAAUUUGUUAGUACCUAAUGAAAAUUAUUGCAAAUUUGAAGAUUGGGUUAUACCAAUUUUAGACCGUUUGUUAGAAGAGCAACAAAGCGAGGGCAUAAUAUGGUCGCCUUCGAAAAUAAUCCACCGCUUGGGUAAAGAAAUCGAUAAUCCUGAUUCAAUUUACUAUUGGGCAUAUAAAAAUAAUAUUCCCGUUUAUUGCCCAGCUUUAACUGAUGGCUCUUUGGGUGACAUGAUUUAUUUUCAUUCUUUUAAAAAUCCCGGUUUAAUUAUCGAUAUAGUGUCAGACAUUAGGUCAAUAAAUAAUCAAGCUGUAUUUGCUAAAAAAACUGGUAUUAUCAUAUUGGGUGGUGGUAUAGUGAAGCAUCAUAUAUGCAAUGCUAAUCUUAUGAGAAAUGGUGCAGAUUAUGCAGUUUAUAUAAAUACUGGACAAGAAUUUGACGGGAGCGAUUCUGGUGCAAGACCCGAUGAAGCUGUUAGUUGGGGUAAAAUCAGAAUGACUGCUGAACCUGUUAAGGUUUAUGCAGAUGCAACAAUUGUAUUUCCAAUGAUUGUGGCAGAAACAUUUGCCAAAGAAGUUUUAUAA